CGGUACUCGGUACUACAUGCAGUCUAGCAAGGGUAAACGUAAAGUUCUGGCAGUGGCAAAACGAAGCCUGAUGUCGAGUGGAUGGCCAAUUCUUUGAGACGGCUCACAAUUUGGAAAUUCCAAAACCCAAAACAAGCCACCACCACUACAACUAGCUAACUUCACCAUGAACCGCAUUCCCAGCGUGAUUUUCGUGCCCAACUGUCCCGUGGAGACGAGCUUGGAGAUCUCCACAGUCCGCUGUGCUUCAUCUCCAGAGCAGCAAGACUUGGAUGCAAUGCUAGCUAAUGCUUGUCCUCUGCCUGCCUUGGAACGAUGGUCAUCAGAAGGAUCUGCUCCUAAGAAACAAAGUGACACUUGCAAGAAGUGCCCACAACCUCCUCAAAGACGAGGUUCCAAUGUUACCAUGCUUGGUGAUAUCCCCGUCAAACGAUGCUCGUGCAGCUUGUUGGACGAUGACGAUGAUGACAGCAGCCAAGAGUCCACGGAACAGCAGUUGUUUGAAGCUACUGGUACCAAACCCGCUACUGUUAGUAUGACAAGCGCUGGAAACCCACGCAGAGACAACCGAAGGCGACGAAACACCUCCGCCAAUGUCUCUCCCGCCUCAGCACCCAAGCAGCCACUGAGAAGAUGCUCACGAAGGGACUUGGUGGAUCGGUGGUCUCGCUAAAAAGAACCAUUCCCUCCACCUUGCUACCGUAGACUACUAGAACAUUAGACUUCACACAGUUAUAGACUUCAUUCAAACCAAAAUACACAAUACACUUUUUCAAUUA